CCCUUUAAUACUCCUCCAUGUCCCCAUUAUAUACACAGUGAGCGCAACGUGACUGCCCCCAGAGGACACUCGGUGAAGUGCAGGAGCCAAUCACAGAGCGGCGCUAUCACCUCGCAGGAGAAAUCGUUUUUGAGCCCUGGAAGUAAAGUCCGUGUGCAGCUACGGGUGCCGGUAUGAAUCAAGGCGUCAGGGCUGAAGGAAAAGGCAGAGCUCAGCAACUCGGGUCCAUCAGCGGCAGCGGUCAGGACAAGUAAUGGAAAGAUCCAUCCGGCGAAAUCACAUACAACAACCAAACUUGACGUUCUGUGCCAUCUCAACCAAACAUGACGUCACUGGCAGAGAAAUUCUCUCUUUCACCGGGACCCGAGUAUAAUCCUGUACUCACGUGACCGAGAGAAGACAAACCACGCGAGACACACUGUCUCCAGCUCAGACACCCGCCCUUCCGUGCUCCACUCACUCACUCAUUUCAGUCUGCCCACCAAUGUUAUGGCUGCGCCUCUAUCAGUGACAGUUCUAUACUGAAACCAGUCAUUUCAUUGGUUCACGGUCACUAGGCGGAACUCAAAAGCGUCACAGGAAGAAUCCCAGGUACCGCCCCAGGGGCGGAGCUGAGAAAUGUCAAUUCCUCUCCCCCAUCCAAAGCCCAGAAUAGAGCAGAGUGUGAAGGGAAAACUGUGAGAAAUCUACUGGGAAAGGUGUUCUGUGUGUUCUGCUCCCUUAUCCCUGACAUUCCCAUCCCCUGUACUCACAUCUCCAGCCUCAUCUACUGGGCCUAUCACAAACAUCUCGGCCUCCUCAGAGAGAGGGUCAAUGUGGAACAAGUGCACAGCCAGAGGAGCCCCGUGCAGAACCAACAUGGAGUCGUUUAUAUUCUGUAAGUGGAUAUUUACCUGGCAACUCCGGAGAUUAAAAUAAGGAGGAUAGAGGUGAAGCUGGAGAAUGAAGAGCCGGACACUAAGCACCUUGUGAUCCCAAUGAAGAGAGAAAUGGAUUCUGUGUCUGGUUACACAGAUAAUGAGGCAGAAAUAUUACAGAUAAAGGUAGAAGAAGAGGAACUGGAGGUGUUGCCUAUAAUACAUAACGAGAAGGACGACUAUCAGGGGCCAGUGAUGAGGAAGCAAAGGCAGAGAGUGGUUGGCACGUCAGGAAGGGCUGCCCGAUUCUCUUCUGGGGAGAACAAUGCGCUGAUGGGCCGGAUUGUGCAGCAUUACGACUACAUUAUUGGGAAGGGGGCGGCCCGGACCCCCGCCUGCAGGAAGAAAGCAAUAUGGGGGGAGAUAAGAGACGCUGUGAAUUCUGUCAGCAAUUUUCAGCGUUCGGUUGCCAAUUGCAAAAAGCGCUACCAGGACAUUAAACGUCUCCUGAAGAAGAAGCUCUCGGCUGCCAGGAAACAGAUCAGGGGUUCAGACGGGGCCCCACCUCAAUACUUGGGCUUGUUCCCUUAUGAAGAACAACUGCAUCAACUGCUGGGCCCAGAGCUGGAGGGAGGAGACCGGGACAUGGAUCACCCUGAAGUCGGAGGGCCCUCAACACGUUCUCGUGCAAGAAUUCACCACAAGUCCCACACAGGAGGAACAUCGGCUCAGUGUGCACCCCCAGAUCCACUGUCUCCCCUGGGGCCAGAUGCAGAGGCUUUUGAAGUAGAUGAAUCUUCCUCUGAAGAUCCCUCCCUCUGUGUUCCUGCAGGAUUUGCCCAAAUCUCUGAGCCUCUGGCUGAUAUAGAUUCAGCCUCCAACCUCUCAAGUGACGCUGAGUCAAACAAAAGAAGGUUACGAGUAGUAGACACGGCAGAUACACAAUCAACGUUGGCUCCUCUACUUCUCCCCAAGCGUUCUUCUGUGAGGUCAGAAACAUCGGUGGAACAGUCGCCCGUAACAUCGCAGAGGACGGUAGAAAGCGUGGCAGCCUCAAGCCAUUGGUUCAAUGAAUUGCAAGCUCCACCCCCGCCAGAGCCACAGGAAGAGACUCCGAAUUCCCGCAAAGGCAUGGACGCUCUCAUCCGCGAGGUGCGACUGCUGAGGGAGGGCCAGGAACGAUUCUUAUCUCACCACCUGCAGCUGAUGGAGCAACAAAAUCAAAUCUUCAGGCAAAUGAUUAAUCUUGUUGCUGCGUUGGCUCCCAUCCCCUGUGCACAACCCCAGCACCCCCAUUCUACAGUUGAGGGGGAUCCUAUAUUUCUAGGAAGGAGAGCACAUUAUCCAUCUGUGGCUGAAGAAGAAUGCAGGAACUUUAAGCAAAAGUAGGACUACGCUCCCAAUAUCGCCAUAGUUCUCAUCAGGAUUGUUCCUAGCACUGUAUUCAGAAUUUGUAUCCCUGUCCAUCGGGGAUUCUCAGGCAAGGCCAGAAUGAAGCCAAGGUCAGAGUUGAACCCUGGUUUUCAAGUUCACUGCCUUUGUCUCUUUGCUUCCAUAAUGCUGCCAUACUGUUCCUUUUCUGGUUGGAAGAGCCAUUAAUAACCUUGAUAGUGGUGGGAAUUUUACAGACCCUGCUGCUGAUGUCUCGUCAUUCUUAUUUCUUAUAUGAUAUUAAAUUUGUUUUAAUUUAAAGGGGUGGUUCACCUUUAAAGGGGUUGUUUGUCUUUAAAUGAACUCUUAGUAUGAUGCAGAGAGGCAAAUUCUUGACACAA